AUGUCGACUCUCCUCAGCAACCCCGGCCCUGUGCCGAUAUCUCCCGCUGGUGACUCGUUCGCCGCAUCCUCCUUCGCCUCAUCAGCUGGCUCCAGCUCAAGAACGCCUAGAAAGCGUAAGCAGGCAAGGCUCAUCAACCCCGCCCGAGCACUCGACUUCUCGGCACGAUCAAACCGCUCCCACCAUGCAUCCCCCGUCGCCUCUCCUCGGCGAGAGUCGUUCCUCCACGAUACAUCCAACAACUCGCUCUGUUUGGACUCACCCUUCGAGUCGUCUCGACUGUUCAAGGCGCUAUCAUCACCCCCGACUAUCUCACUGGAAAUGGGCAUGUCACACCCGCGCCCGGCUAAGGACCAAGUGUCGGCCGACGACUCUACCGAGUUCUCCAGACCGACGCCAAGGCGUGAGGCAAGCUUGCCUGAGCGUGACUUUGAGACGACAACUCCAUCAGCGUCUCCCUCGCGAUGGUCGAAGCUGCUGCACAAGCCCAACCUCGAUCUGCCACCAGCAUCGACAACGCACGGGACGAAUCAUGACGGGGAGCCGUCGACGUCGACGUUCCUCAACAUGAUCAAGUCGACUUUUAGGAAAGAGGACACCCUUCAGCUGGCCGAACUGAGCGAGUGGCAGGACGAGGAAAGCGUGCAGCCACCCCCACCACCACCGCAGAAGGCUGCAGCUUCGUCUCCCCUCCCGCUCAAGUGGCUCAGCAAGAGGAGACCGCUGUCAGGCUCUUCCCCGAAGACCUUUGCCUCAAGCUUAGAGGAUUCGCCCAUGUUCUCCCUCGGCACGGCUGAUCGGUACAGCGAAAUCAAGAGCCGGAAACCGAAGAGCGAAUCCCUAGACGGCUUCCAGACCGUCAGUCUGAGUGACGUUCCGCCCUUUGACGAGCACGAGGCGCAGGAAACGUUGCGUGACGAAGUGACGACGACGGCAGGGGACGAAACGGAGCUACCCUCCAGCCGUUUAACCAAAGGUGAGCUGGCAAUACGGUCGGCGAAGCUGACAUCAGUCUCGUUCCACACGGAGGUCGUGUACAAGGUCAUCGAGAGACUACCAGAAUUCGCGAAGAGCACCGGCCCCGCUACUGAGAAGAUUGGCGACACGGGAAUCAUUCCGUUGUCUGAUCGGACGUGCAUCCCUGACGACCCUUCCUGGUGUGGAGAUCACGCCGAUGACCUUUCACCCGUGGAGGAGGGAGAGUGCAAGGAGUGGGUUCUGCGCCAAGGGUGGACAACGCUUUCGAACACAUAUCAUAACGAGUUUAUCGACAAGGACCUGCCGAGUGAGAACGGAUAUGUGGAGCCUUUUAUCGAGAUGCUCCAGGCUGGCUCUUUCGACGACGAGCCGUGGCGGCCCGAAGUCGCGGUCGAGGACGGCAGGAUCGUUGUCAAGGAGCCAGACAGCACAAACAUCGACAAAGAGGGCACUGGUUCCGCAGCAACAUCGGAAGGCACCCAAGAAACGGAGGGCGUAGAAGAGACGCGCGCCGCUUCCCCUUCCGACCGAACGCUCGAAAAGAAGCCAAGCACCACCGACAUCCGAGUCAUUGCCGAGUGCUUCCCAGCGCCCCCGGGCGGCGCGUUCGACAUUCGCCGUUCUACCUCCAAGUCACCACCUUCCUCGCGCCGUACGUCCCUCGCUUCCGUUGCCGAGCUUCUUGAAGAGCCGGCGGACAUUCGCACGAGCCGCCGGCGAUCACCGCUCAGCUCGACGAACCCGACAAUCGCUGCUCUGGCCCCGCAGGCGCAGACCCUCUUUGACACGCAGAACCGCCUGAACGAAGAUCUGUCGCGAGAGCUCGAGGGAUACAGCGCGCUUCUGUCGCAGCUCGAGAACAAGCUCAGCGACCGUGAUAGCGUCAUCAAGCGGCUUGUGCGGGAUCAUGCGCAGGAACGCCGGCGUCUCAAGAAAGAGGUCGCGGAUCGCGAUGCACAGGUUGAGCGACUCAAUGCUGAGACUGAGCGACUGCGCGAGCAGCCGCAGGAGCCUUCCGUCCGCUCGGAGCCUGGAGACAGUUCAGCCGUCGCCGAACUGCAGGAGCAGCUGGAUGCUGCGAUGAGCAAGCUCUCGUCUCUUGAGAUCCAGCACCAGGACCUCGAGGCGGAGCACGACGACGCCACGGCUGAGCUGGAGCACACCCGCCAGAAGCUCGCCGACACCAACGACGCACUCGAGAAGGCAUCCGAGGACCUGUACGCUGCGCGGGACGCUAUCGACAGUUCCGAGCACCGCAUCCUGCAGAUCGAGGAGCAGCGGGACCAACUGCACGCCCAGGUCGAGCGCGAGCGCAAUGCACGUCUGGAGGCGGAGCAGAAGUGGGAGCAGGAGCUCGCCUCUCUCCGCAAGGAGCUGGAGGAGGAGCGCGCGGCUCGGCGAAGCGCGGAGGAGGCGCAAGCGGCGUCCGAGCCCACGCAACCGUCGCACGCGCGGUCGCAGUCGCGCGCGAUCCCCGGCUCGAGCGUGAACGGCACCGACCUGGGGCACUCGCGCAGCCAGUCGCGGGAGCUACUCGGCUUCUCCCCGCCCAGCGGGCUCGGCCACUCCAGCAAACGGGGCAGCGGCAACUUCCUCCGCGACUCCUGGGCCUCGGCGACGGGCAAGCGUGUGCUGGCGCCCGCGGCGCCACAACAAAAGUCGGCAGAGCGCACGAUCGCCCAGCUCGAGCGGACUGUUGAGGAGCUGGCUAAUGCGAACGAACGCCUCAGCCUUGGCAUGUCGUCCCUGCAGCAGGAGAGGGAGUUGCUCCGACGCAAGCUGGCGAGGGCCGAGCAAGGGCAUCCACCCCGGAGGCAGAGUCUGAGGCACUGA